AAACAGAGGACUCCGCCAACCACGAAUACUGCCUUGAGCCUCUUUUCAUCACAUUAACACCGGUAACCAGCGGAAAUGGAAUCCCCUCAUGAGCACCAGCAGAACCUACUGCUUUCCCGUAUCAUUACCAAUGUGGAAAAGCUCAAUGAAGCCGUCGUUGUUAUGAAUAAGAGCCUUCAGGAUAUCAAUAUUCAGAACAUGAACGUUGAAUUGGUUGCGCAAAUGUUCAAGAACUACCAAUCGAAUGUUCUAUUUCAUCUUGAGGCCACGGACAACCUUAAGCCGCCGAACUGAGUAUCAGUAUGGGUGGAUAAGACUGGAGUUUUUGUAAUUAUGAUGGCGCAUGACUGUAAAUGAAAUAAUGACUUACUGCCACUCUUCCAAUAUAGAAAGGAGGUUUUGCAAAGAAUUCGACUGGAAGCUUGCUAUACCAGAACCAAGCUUGCCUACCUUUACCUACUAUUUGCCUAAAUUAUGUGCAAACUCUUAAAAAAUGAUGAUGAGCCAGGCUUGACAGUGCACCCAAUAUCUAAUCACGACAAGCCACUAAGGUAUCUGACAGCCUUGCCUUGCACUUAUAGAAGACAUUACAAUCUCUGCAU